GAAACAAGAUGGCGGACGAUGAGAUGUACUUGGAGAAUUUAAAAGAAUUUGUUAUAGAUGAAGAUCGAAUUGUCACAUAUAAAUGGCUCAGCAGAACAUUAUCAGUAAAUGUGAAUCUUGCAAAACAAAUGUUAUAUGCUUUUGUGAGACAGCAUGAAAAAGAUGAGAAUCUUUGUGUUAUUUAUACUGUGGGUGGCCUCAUCAAGGAUAAAAACGGAAAUUUGAUUCAAAAAUAUUUAUUCUCCCAUGAGAAGGACUUACAAGAUAUAAAACAAUGUUACGACAAAAUUACCAGUUUGCAUGUGUACAGUAUACAAAAAUCAAAUCCAAAGGAUUCUAAUGUAUUAUAUUUGGCGGACUAUGAUUCACAAAGGCAAAACCUUGACUCACCGAAUAGGUGGAGUAAUAUUACAUUGAAAUCCAUUACAAAAAGAAAUUCGGAGAUUCCUGAAGAAGUAAAGAGUGGAAAUGAAAACGAACAACAGAAAAAACCGAUGUCAAAUGGUUUUCAAAAAUCUACUAAGAAUGAAGUGCAAGUUAAAUCCACCUCAGCACCAUCAACCUCAGCAAAGAACUCUAAAACAAAGACAUCUAUGAAAAAAGGCGACGUAGCAUCAUUUUUCGCACGACAAACUGCAAAAAAUCAAGCAAAAGGAAGCGUCAAGGCUGUGAGUGUUAAGAACGAGAAAAAUGAGGAGGAGAAAGAAAAUAAAGAAAAAGAACAAAAGAAAUCUGACACCUGUAGUAUUCCUUCUAAUUGCAAUGUUAAGAAUGGCAAUACAUUAGCAAAGGAUGACAGCGCAGAGACGGAUGAAGAGAAGAAUGUUGAAGCAAGAGAAAAUGACGAUGCAUUAAAAACAAAAGUUGUUGACAAGCCUGAAGAAGAUUUUGAAACGAGAAAGUCAAGCCCAAAGAAAGGUAAAUUAAGUUUUGUAUCCCAGUCACGUGAAAUCUUCCAAUUUUGUGAGUUCUGCGGCUUAUGUAUACUCGACCAUUGUACAUUCAUAUAUCUACGAGUCUUCAGUAGCAAAGAUUAUUAGAAAAUUUGCUUCAAAAAUUCAUUCAAAUUAAUGUUCGAUGGUAUACGUAGUCCCUUCAUAACCUCCUCUU